AUGUCCAACAUUUAUACUAUAAGAGAAUUUUUCUGUGGCCGGUGGUCAUCUAGCAUACGACUUGAUGGUAAAACAGUCAUUAUCACUGGAGCAAAUACUGGCAUUGGGAAAGAAACCACAAGAGACCUCGUGAAACGCGGGGCCAGAAUAAUAAUGGUUUACAGAGACCUUGACAAAGCAGAGAUUGCACGGAAGGAGAUCAUUGAAGAGUCAGGGAAUCAAAACAUAGUCAUCAGAAAACUGGAUUUAUCUAACACCAAGUCUAUCAGUGAAUUUGCUGAGGUAAUCAACAAGAAGGUGAAAACACUUCACAUUCUCAUUAACAAUGCCGGGGUCAUGAUGUGCCCCUACUCUAAAACAGCAGACUGCUUUGAGAUGCAGUUUGGUGUCAAUUACUUAGGUCACUUCCUGUUAACCUCUCUGCUGAUUGACCUGCUGAAGAGAUCCGCCCUGUCUAGAAUCAUCAACCUCUCGUCCAUGGCACAUAGCUGGGGCACUAUAAGACUCGAUGAUGUCAAUAGUGAGAGAAAUUAUCACGGCAGAAAGGCGUAUGGUCAGAGUAAAUUGGCCAUCAUUCUCUUCACUCGCUCCAUGGCCAAAAAACUCAAGGAUACUGAUGUAACAGCAUAUGCCGUUCAUCCAGGAGUUGUGCGAACAGAACUCAAAAGGAACAUGAAUCUUGGAUUCCUUAUCAAAGUUGUUAGACCUUUCACAAAGACCCCAGUGAAGGGAGCACAGACCACCGUCUAUUGUGCAAUACAACCAGAAUUAGACAAAGAAAGUGGUGGUCACUAUAGUAACUGUGGACCUUCAACGUGCACGAGAGCAGCUAGAGAUGAUGAAAUGGCAGAGAAACUUUGGGAGCUAAGCUGCAGGAUGCUGGGAAUACUCUGGGACUCAAUGCAAUGAGCAAUUUUUUUUCAUUUUUUUACUUUAAAUGAUUUGAUUUGUUAUAUGAUCAGGUUCUGUGAGACUGAAGCCUGUAGUCUUCUGUAUGGUGCGUUUGUUUGACUCUUUGACAGCUGCAAUGCGCUUAAUCCACAGAGCAACCCAACA